UUUCCUGGUCAGUCAUUACUGAGCAAACAGCAGCUCUUCCUGUUGCUUUCUAACUCUCUGGUUUUUAGAGCUUGCAGCUGCUGCUGUGAUUAUUUUUUGUUUUAAUCGGUGCAUUAACAGUUUGAGGAGAAUGGACAAUAACCCCCACGCUGCCAAGAUCCAGGCCAGGAUGGAGAAGGCAAAGGCAAUGAGUGAGGAGGACAAGCUGUACAGAUUCAAUGGGGUGUUGUACCCCAUCCUCAUGUGUCCUGAGGAGCAUUUAAAGUGUCUGGUUGACAUUAAAGCCAGGGAGGAUGACAUCAUGCUGGUGGCUUACCCCAAAUGUGGCUUUAACUGGAUGGUUGGCGUCAUGAAGAAGAUCAUUGCAGAGGCCACCCAGAUGAAAAAUGAAUCCAAGAUGCCGCCCUUAAUGGAGUUCUUUGGACCAGAGGUCAUGAAGGGCAUCAAUGAAGCUCCGUCUCCAAGGUUUCUGGGGACUCACCUUCAUCCAGACAACAUGCCCCCGUCCUUCAUCCAGAAGAAACCAAAGACGGUGGUGGUCUUCAGAAACCCUAAGGACACCUUGGUCUCCUUCUACCAUUUCUGCAACAACAACCCAGUCCUGCCGUCUACAUCCUGGGAAUCUUUCUUUUCCAAAUUCAUGAAAGGAGACGUUGCCUGGGGAUCGUACUUUGAUCACGCCUCAGCCUGGAACAAGAAGAUGGACGACCCCAACGUCAUGGUGGUCACCUAUGAAGAGCUGAAACAGGAUCUCAGCAAAGGCAUCCGCCAGAUCUCCAGCUUCCUGGGCUUUAGCCUGACGGACGCUCAGGUGCAGCAGAUUGCAGAAGCGAGCACCUUCAAGGCCAUGAAGGAGAGUUCAGCCAACUCCCACGGAAACAUGGGGAAUGUCUUCUUCAGGAAAGGUGUCCAAGCUUCAAAUCAUUUUAAGAACAGUUAG